AUGGCUCUUACAGGCAAGAUUCCCCAUGAUUUUGGAAACCUCACAUUUCUUGUUUCUCUUGACUUGAGAAGGAACAAUUUCCAUGGAAAAUUGCCUCAAGAAAUGGUACGCUUGUGUCGGCUUAGGUUUCUUAGUUUAAGUUUCAACAAAUUAAGAGGGGAAAUUCCUUCUUGGUUUGGGUUUUUAGAACAACUUCAAGUUUUAAAUCUUGGAAAUAAUAGUUUCACUGGUUCCAUUCCCCCGACACUCUCGAAUGCCUCAAGGUUGGAGACUUUAGUAAUAUCUGCUAAUUUACUUCAAGGAAACAUCCCGGAAGAGAUAGGCAAUCUUCACAACCUGAAUUUGUUGUUCAUGGAACAUAAUCAGCUUACGGGUUCUAUACCAUUCGCAAUUUUCAAUAUUUCUAGAAUCGAAUUCAUCGCAUUUUCAAACUAUAGCUUAUCAGGAAAUCUUCCAAAUGAUUUUUGCAAUCGUCUCCUAAUACUCAAAAGGCUUCAUCUAUCACAAAACAAGCUUCAUGGUCAUAUGCCUACAAGUUUGUCAAAUUGUUCACAACUUCAAACAUUGUCUCUAUCCGGAAAUGAGUUUGAUGGACCAAUACAUAGUGAAAUUGGAAGAUUGAGUAACUUGCAGAGACUGUAUCUUGGAUCCAACCAUUUCACAGGGAUAAUUCCACGAGAAAUCGGAGAUCUUGUUAAUUUGGUGAUAUUAGGCGUGGAAAUGAACCAGAUUACCGGCUCUAUCCCGAUCUCCUUAUUCAAUAUGUCCUCGUUGCAACUUGUUUCACUAGGGAGGAACAAUCUCAAGGGAUCCUUACCACGGGAGAUUGGCAACCUCACCAAGAUGCAAGUUUUAUAUCUUUACGAAAAUAGAUUUAUUGGUGAAAUUCCCAAAGAGAUACGAAAUCUCGUUGAGUUGGAGGAACUUAAUCUUCAGGAUAAUAGUUUUAGUGGCUCUCUUCCAAUGGAGAUGUUCAACAUAUCAGGGUUGAGAGUAAUGGAUCUAACACUCAACAAUCUAUCAGGAACUCUACCAUCAAACAUAGAUCCUAAACAUGGAGAGAAACAAUUUAACCUUCAGCGCUUCGAUUUGAAUAACAACAAACUAACAGGAUUUAUUGGAGAUAACAUUUGUAAAUUGCAGCAUUUGGGUGAAAUUUACUUGGGACAAAAUCAACUUUCAGGAUCUCUUCCUAAUUGUUUAGGGAACGUCACUUCCCUUAGAUUGAUAUAUCUUGGUUCCAAUAAAUUGAGUUCCAAUAUACCAUUAAACUUAGGAAAUCUUAAAGAUUUAGUGGUUCUUGACUUAUUGUCAAACAACAUAGUUGGUUCUUUACCUCCAGAAAUUGGAAAUCUAAAGGUUGAGACACAGAUGGAUCUAUCAAUGAAUCAAUUCUCAAAUGGAAUUCCGAGAGAAAUUGGAGGAUUGCAAAAUCUGGAGUACCUUUCUUUGAGACACAACAAGUUGCAAGGAUCUAUACCAGACUCAAUGAGCAACAUGAUAGAAAGAAUUUCAUACUAUGAACUGCUCCAAGCAACUGAUUCGCUUAGCGAGAGUAAUCUGAUUGGUUCUGGAAGUUUUGGCUCUGUUUACAAAGGCGUUCUCAGGAGUGGGACUGCCAUUGCAGUUAAAGUGUUCAAUCUGCAGCUGGAAGCGCCAUUCAAGAGUUUUGGUACAGAAUGUGAAGUUUUGCGCAGCCUUCGCCAUAGGAAUCUCGUGAAAGUCAUCACUAGUUGCUCCAACCUUGAUUUUAAGGCUUUGGUGCUCGAGUAUAUGCCUAAUGGAAUUCUUGACAAGUAUUUGUAUUAG